GGAGAUAACACUCUUGUAUUAAUGCAAACUUACUAAUUGAAUAUACCCUCAGUUCACCAUGAAACACUUGCUUGUUGUAUCAGCAUUACUGCUGAGCUGUUGCCAUGGGCUUCUCUAUCCCAAAGAUAGUCCCACGCGAGAGAUCAAAUCCCUUGACGGCGUAUGGAAUUUUCGAGCACAGCCGAGUUUAGACCCGGAGCAAGGGUUCCGUGAAAAAUGGUUCGAUCAUCCACUCCAAUCAACGGGUGAUGUCAUUGACAUGCCUGUUCCGUCCAGUUUCAACGACAUCACCACUGAUCCCAGUCUCCGAGAUUUUGCUGGUUGGGUUUGGUACGACCGGGAGUUCUACGCCCCUUCAGCAUGGUCGGAUUCCAGGGUGUUCCUUCGUUUUGGCAGUGCCCAUUACACCGCUUUGGUCUGGCUCAAUGGUCAAGAGGUACUGCAACAUUCCGGCGGACAUCUGCCUUUUGAGACCGACGUGUCUGGCACCCUGCAACUGGGAGCUGCUAAUCGAUUGACGGUGGCUUUGAAUAACACCCUUGGACCCACUACGAUCCCACAAGGUGCAUGGAACUGGAUCAAAGAGGAUGAUAUCUACCCGGCCGGUUCCUUUGACAUGUCCUAUACUUUCGAUUUCUUCAACUAUGCUGGCAUUCAUCGUCCAGUUACCCUCUAUACCGUUCCAAAGUCACUCCACGUGGCCGACGUCAAGGUCACCACAAUAGGUGUGGCUCAGGAUUAUAGUUCGGCCACAAUCCAAUAUGAAGUGAAUGUUGCUACCGACACGGAUGACUUUCAAUGUCACGUCCAACUAUUGGAACAAGACGGAACAGUGGCGGCAGAGCAGGACGGUUGCACUGGCACCAUUACCCUGGCGGAAAAUCCCCAUUUGUGGUGGCCGUACUUGAUGAAUGAAGAGUAUGGAUAUCUGUACACGUUUAGGGUGGAUGCCACCAAUUCCCAGGAGUCCGACCAAUACAAUGAAAAUAUUGGGAUCCGCUCAGUGUUCUGGGAUGAUAACAGUUUCAAGAUCAACCAUCAGCCCUUCUAUUUCCGAGGAUUUGGUAGGCACGAGGAUUCCAAUUUCAGAGGCAAAGGGUUGGAUUUGCCUCUGGUGACUAAGGAUUACAAUUUGAUCCGAUGGACCGGGGCCAACUCCUACCGGACCAGUCACUACCCGUAUGCCGAGGAACUCAUGGACUUUGCUGAUCGAAAUGGGAUCGUCAUCAUUGAUGAAUGUCCUGGCGUCAACCUUGAGGGUUUCAAGCCCGAGCUCUUGGCCAACCAUCUCACGGUCAUGGACGAAUUGGUAGCCAGAGACAAAAACCAUCCCUCUGUGGUCAUGUGGUCGAUUGGGAAUGAACCCAGGUCUGAAGUUCCGGAAGCUAAGGAUUACUUCAUAAAAGUGGCCAAUCACACUCGGUCCAUCGAUCCUAGUCGUCCGGUGACUCUAGUCAUGUUUCGGCCCUUUGAUCAAGACCAAGGGGGCUACAGCGUCGACAUUGUCAGUAUUAAUCGCUACUACGGAUGGUAUUCGCAAACCGGCCAGAUCGACCUGAUUGCCAACGCUGUGGAGCAGGAUAUUCGCAAUUGGCGGACCAAGUUCAAUAAACCCGUCUUGGUCACGGAGUACGGAGCAGAUACGAUCCAUGGAUUCCAUGAGGUGCCAUCGACCAUUUUCACGGAAGAGUACCAAACCGAUCUCAUGAGGGAGAACUUCAAGGCGUUUGAUAACACCAAAGAGGAUGGGAUCUUGAUCGGCGAGAUGAUCUGGAACUUUGCUGACUUUAUGACUGUGCAGGAGUAUAAAAGGGUUUGGGGGAACCGGAAAGGGAUUUUCACCCGGGAUCGCCAUCCCAAGGCCUCGGCUCAUAUUCUCCGAGACCGCUACUGGAAAUUAGCACAAGAUGAAGGUCUCCCACGGAACUUGGAAGAAGCCUUCAAACC